AUGCACCGAGGCGUCGUCCAGCGUCUACUAAUACGUGGCCUAUCGAGGUCAUUAGCCCUGGGCGCGCUACCAGUAUCUUCAAUAGACAAACGAAAUAUAUUGGAGAGAAGCAUUGCAAGUUGCGAGCCGUCGCACGCGCUUGCUGCCUUUGAAACGCUACAACAAGAUUCUAGUCAUUGCGAUCAGCAGCUGCUACAACGUUUGGUGCUACUCGUUGCCAAGCGCGGACAGCCACAUCAAGUUCCUCAAGCUGCUCAAAUUUUUCUUCAUCUUUUAUCUCAGCCAAACUGUAAAGUGGAUGAUACAACACAACUGGCAGCCAUUUACACGUUGGAUUCGUGCCUUCGACUGAGGCGGCUAGAGGACGCCUUGUUGCUCUUUAAUGCAGUAAAAGAUAGGAAUAUUAUACUGGAUCUUCCAGCCUUAAAUGCAAUGAUCGAGGCACUAGUAGAUGCAUACAGAGUGGAUGAAGCUAUGACGAUGAUCAAGAGUAUCAUCACCUCGCAGCAUGAAGUACGACCUGUAGAACAGACAUUCCAAUCACUUCUUAUGGCUUUGAUGAAACAAAAACGAUACGAAGACGUUAUAUCGCUCGUAGAGUAUGGUAGAACGAAUGAAGUGGAUUUCUCACCAGCGACAUACGACCCGCUGGUAGAACUAUCACAGAAGCAGUAUACGUCCAAAAACGCAGUGCGAAUGAACAAGCUCAUGGAAUACAUUAAUAAUGCAUUACUAGCUGACGGGUUUUGGGAUAACGACGACGAGGUGGAAUAUGACGACGAAGAGGAGAACGACGGCGAGGUUCUUCUUGAGAAUGACGACGAUGACUUUGACGACGACGAAUUUGACUAG